AUGACACUGUCGCAAGAAUUCGCCUCCUGGGUAGCACCGAAGAAGCGAGAAAUAUCGCCGGCGCCGAGAGUUGGAUACCCUGCACCAAGUCAUCGCUUACUCCGAUUUCCGCAACUCAGCCCUGACCCCUGUAUCCUUGUUUUCCUUCGGCACUGUGGAUGCCCAUUUGCCGAGAAAGCGUGUAUCGACGUCUGCAGCUUAGACGCCGUGCGUAAGGGCAGCAUCAAGGUCAUACUGGUAUCGCAUUCGUCCGAGGAGGCGACCAGUCGUUGGUUGAAAGCAAUUCAGCAAGGGGGUCGGCUAUGUGCCAAUUCUGGAAACCAAGAACCGGCGGCGACUAUCAUUAUCGAUGAUGAAAUGGAAUUGUACGCGGCCUGGGGCCUGGGAGUGGCUACAAGAGAACAUGUCUUGAAUUUAGCUACGGUGUAUGCGGCAAUAUCGCUGGGAUGGAGAGAGGGACUUUGGGAUCGUGCGACAGAAAGCGGAUCUCGGUGGCAGACCUCUGGCGCAUACGGUAUUGAUAGAUUGGGGAUUGUCAAAUGGGUGCAUGUCCCAAGACGUGCAAGUGAUCUGGCGGACUUCGAGAAUGCUCAAGCAGUCUUACUGAAAAGCUGA